CUUCAACCUGAAAAAGUUGGAACUUUUCCAUUCCACCUCUUUGAAUUCAUGAGUCAAGAGGCACUUCUCCCUUUUCUUGAACCGUGCGGACCCCUAAAACUUCCCUCAGUCGAAAACCAGAAAACUUUCCUCAGUCAAGUACUCCACAUUGAAUUCACAUCAAAGGCAAAAACCAUUUUGUGGACAGGGGAAGCUUCCUCAGUCUGCCACUCCACAGCAUACCAUCCAUUUGAUCUCUGUCUAUAUAUGCAAACACAAAUCCCAAAUUUCUUCAACCCAAAACAAGCCCCUAAAAUCACACCAGCUACCACAUCGCAGCAGAAGAGAAUGAACCCAAAUGAUCAAGCCAACGAAGUCACCGAGCUCUUCCGAGCUCAAACCCACAUCUACAAACACAUGUACAACUUCAUCGAAUCCAUGGCCCUCAAAUCCGCCCUCCAGCUCACCAUCCCCGACAUAAUCCACAACCACAACAAACCCAUCAGCCUCAUCGACCUAGCAUCCGCCCUCAACGUCCCACCAGCAAACACCAACCCCUUGGAGCGACUCAUGCGAAUCCUAGUCCAAUCAGGAUUCUUCGCCAUCGAGCAAGAAGGCUACACACUCACCCCUUCUUCCAGAAUCCUGCUCGAUUCCAGCCCGAUCACUCUGUCCCCAACCGUCCUCGCAAUUCUCGACCCUCUGCUCGUAACCCCGUGGUUCUCCCUCGCCGAUUGGCUCAAGAGCGAGGAUGCAACCGUGUUCGAAACCCACUUUGGGAUGAACGUGUGGGACUAUGGCAAGAAGAAGGAAGGGUUUGUAGGGUUGCUGAAUGAUGCAAUGGCCAGCGAUUCGCGGUUGGUGAGCUUGGUUGUGGAAGAACACAGGGAGGUUUUUGAUGGGUUGGGUUCUUUGGUUGAUGUUGGUGGCGGCACGGGGACUCUGGCUCGAGUUGUUUCUGAGAAGUUUCCGUUGAUGGAUUGUACGGUUUUGGACCUGCCUCAAGUUGUGGCAGAGUUGGGAGGGAGCAAGAACUUGAAGUUCGUUGGUGGUGACAUGUUUCAGUCCAUCCCUUCUGCAGAUGCAGUAUUAAUCAAGUCUGUUCUGCACAACUGGAGCGAUGAGAAAUGUGUGAAGAUACUGAAACGAUGCAAAGAGGCGAUUCCGAAGAAGGCAGGGAAGCUGAUUCUCAUAGAAAUGGUGAUUGAUGAAGGGAAAGAGGGAGGUAAAUUGGGCAAGACUAGGCUCUUUGUGGACAUGGAAAUGAUGAUGUUAUGCGGUGGAAGGGAAAGAACAGAGAAGGAAUGGGAGCACCUGUUCUUGGAAUCUGGUUUCAGUUGCUACAAGAUCAUCCCAACAACUGGGCUGAAUUCAAUCAUUGAAGUUUAUCCCUAGAUCAGUGUUGAAAUGUUUGCUAUGGUGAAUGAAGGUGUUUGGUUUUUACUUAUGUAUGGCUGGUUGCCCGAUAGUGAAACAAAAUGAUACAUGAUUAAUCAAAUAAAAUAUUAGUGUAGUCCACCCUUGUUCAUAUUUUAAUUUUGCAAAUAUUUUUUCUAGAUCAAUGGAGAAAGAUGAGUUUUUGAUAUAAUAUCGCUAUUUUUAUUAGUGUCUACAACGAAUUUAAACAUAUGCAUUUAUUAUAGAUCGAUAAUAAACUUCAUACUUUCUA